AUGGCUGCAGGGCAUGCUGUCGUCUUUGGCGAGGACGGUGACGUGGAGAUGCUGACAGCGGAGCUGAAUGCAUCUUAUCUUGAACCAGCAUCAAGAGACCGAAGCCGGCAGCUCCUGGAAGAUGUCAAUACCGACAAUGGCGACGGCCGCGAUCCUGGGCGUGUUGGCAGACACUCUCGUCGAACGCACUGGUGGCAAAGCGCUUUCUUCCUGCUUUUCUUGCUUGCCAGCCUAUUUUCGCUGCUACUUCUCCUCAAGAUUGCCUUUUUUGACAGCUUGUCCGUGCCAUCGUCGUCCUCACCACCAUCUGCAGACGUGGACGUGGUGCCAACAGAAACAGAAUCCACAGCAGAACUAGUUCUGCCGUCCUCUGCGGCACCGACGGCUACCAGCACGGCCGAAGCGGUGGCAGACGACGCCAACUCCUUCCGUCGACCAGACUCCGACUAUGUGCUGGGAAUGGACUGGGACUACAAUGCACCGGCUACGGUGCGCGAGUACAACUGGAUCAUCCAGAACGUCGAGGCCAACCCGGACGGCGUCUUCAGGCUGCUGACCACGGUCAACGGCAAGUUUCCCGGCGAGAUGAUCCGCUGCAACGAGGGCGACACGAUUGUGGUUAACGUCGAGAAUCGUGCCGUCAAUGCGACCGCGCUGCACUGGCACGGCCUCUUCCAGAACGGCACAAACCACAUGGAUGGCACACCGGGCGCCACGCAGUGUGCCAUAGCCCCCGGUCGCUCGUUCCGCUACGAGUUUGCCGCAGUCGGACAGGCCGGCACCUAUUUUUACCAUGGCCACCAGGGAGCCGACGCGCUCGACGGCCUGGUCGGGCCCCUGAUCAUCCACGCCCGAGACGAGCCGGCGAAGCAGCUGCUGCCCUACGAGUCCGAUCGCGUGGUCAUGGUGCAGGAUUGGUACCACGACCCGUCUGGCGGGCUGCUGAUGACGGCCCUGGCCAAGGGUAGCGAGUCGUCGCCCAUGCCGAACGGCGCCCUGAUCAACGGCGUCAACGUGGUGGACUGCGAUCAGCACCCCGGCCGGCGAUGCGACAAUUCGACUGCCCGGCUGGCCGCCCUGGACCUCGCAGCGGGCGCGAGCCACCGGCUGCGGUUCAUCCACGUCGGCGGCUUCGCCUGGUUCGAGAUCAACGUCGACCACCACCACAGCCUGCCGCUGACCGAAAUUGACGGUGUCGACAUUGAGCCAGCGUCCGAGAAGAGCAUCCUCAUCGCGCCGGGCCAGCGCUACAGCGUCGUGCUCACGGCCAACGCGACGGGUGGCGACUCCGCCUUUUGGAUGCACGCCCGUAUCGCCACCCACUGCUUCUCCGAGUACACACUCGCCGGCCAGGACAACCCGAUGACGCAGGCGGUGGUGCGCUACACGGCACCAUCAGACGACGCAAUCCACGCAGCCCGUCUGCCGACGACAGACAACGAUGCCGGCGCGUUCAUCGUGCUGUGUCAGGACAUGCACACGCGGAACUAUGCGCCGUAUCCGCCACGGCCGGCGCCGGCACAUGCGGACCGGUCGUACUACUUGCGGGUCAACCUCGAGAUCGGCAACUGGCAGCUGCAGCGCGGCUUCUUCAACGGCUCGUCGUACCGACCGAACCUGCUGUCGCCAGCGCUGCAUCGAGCCGUAGACGGGUUGCGGGCCGGCAACGAGUCGUACGGCGUGGCCGGCAUCAAUAGGCUGGCCUUUGACGAGCAGUCGGAGCUGGUCAUCGGCCACACCGACGUCCAAGUCGUUGAUCUUGUGCUGCAAAACUUUGACGAGGGCACCCAUCCGCUGCACCUGCAUGGCCACCAGCUGUUUGUGCUCGGCGCCGGUCACGGCUACUUUCCCGGCUACGAAGCCUUCAACAUGGCGCCCCUAGGUCGCGGACUGCUCGACCCCGGCAACACCAGCAGCAUCGACAACCCGCUGCGGCGCGAUGUGGCCACGGUCGAGGGCUUCGGCUGGACGCUGGUGCGCUUCGUCGCCGACAACCCCGGCGUCUGGCGCUUCCACUGCCACAUGAUCUGGCACGGCGACGGCGGCAUGGCCAUGCUGUUCCUGUCGCGUACAGACGACAUGACCGGCUGGGAGAUCCCGGCUGCGAACCGUGCGCUGUGCGAUGCCCCCGUCGACGAGCUGGAGUCGGGGUCCGCGCCCAAGGACAGCAUCUGGUUCGGCCAUGGUAACUGA